CGGGUACUGGGCUUAGCGAAGGCGUUACCACAUGUUAUCGUUUCUUAUCUAAUUGUAAUCGUGGACCAUGGGCUUUAUGUCUCGAUUGGCGACAAAUAUGUAAUGGCAAAGUUGAUUGUAUGAGUGGUGAAGAUGAACAGUGGUGUGAAACGUUAGAGAUGACCACAUGUGCUGAUGAUGAGUAUCGAUGUCAUUAUGGUGGUCAAUGUAUUCCAAUGACAUUUGUACGAGACAGCACCUAUAAUGUUGAUUGUCUUGAUGGUAGUGAGGAGAAAGUAGCAGACCCUAUGGAAUGGUCGACUUGGAAACCUUCGGUUUGUGGUUCAAUUAUCACAUUUCAAUGUGAAGAACGUAUUGAUCGAUAUCCUCUUUCUUUUCCAUGUGGUAAUGGCCAAUUUUUGCCACAGACUGAUUUGCCAACUCAUGGUGGCUCUUGUUCCAACUGGAGACAUAAAGAAGGGAAUUUAGCCAUGCUUACUUCAUUUGAUCAUAUUAAAGAUAUUCAAUGUCGACAAGCAUUUCGAUGGUCACUACAUUCUAAUCGAAGCUAUGGUAAGUAA